UCCACCGUGGGAGGUCGCUGCUGUAGCUUGUUCUAAUUUGAAGUACAUGAAGAAGAUAUGUUUUUUUCAGUAAAGGGGUGUACACACCAAAAGUUCCUCAACAACUGAACAAUUUUAAAUAAUACGUUUAGCUCAAAGAUUAUUUGAAAUAAGUAGCCAAAAAUCACGAAAGUCCUCCGUUUGUUUCCCAUGUUGCCAUCAGCAUCGCCCUCGCCAAACGUUCCGCCUCGCGUAGUAGUCGGAUUUAUUUUGGAGUCGUACCGUAUAUGACCCAAUGGUGCACAUGGAGGUGGACAUGAAUGGAUUAUGAAGUCGUGCAAUAUUUAUUUGUGCCAUAGUUAAGGGUCGAAGAGCAGGCUAAUUUAUAUAAUAACAGUUUGUAAUAUGGCGUCUACCACUCAUGUGGCCAUCGUCAUAUGUCAAAAGACAUCAGCCUUGAGGAUCAUAUGCCGGAGAAUGUCUUCAGCAGUACAUCCUCAAACGCAAGUAGACUUUCUGAAUGGAGUGCCUCAUAGGAAGCACCCAGGUGUAACCAACUUGAAAACACUACGCUUACCCGAGCAACUGCAAAGGGCCGCACAAUCAAUUGUUCUUGGUGCUCAGAUCAAAGGACUGUCCGAUCGAGCUCAGAGUCUCACACAGUAUCUGUGGAGCAGGAAAAGGCCAGUGGAGGACUUGAACCUGAGGAAGAGAGCCAAAAGCCUGGAGAAGCUUGUCUUGGAGAACGCAAAGGAGAGGAGAGAAGCUUAUGACGGUGAUUACGUUAAGAUGAAAGUGCUGUCUGAACUCAAAAGGACAACAUACAACUGGACCCCUGUGAGGUUUGAUGAAGACCUGGGCGUGGUGUACAUGGCCGCCCGGCUGGCCGGUGGCUACACCGCAGUGAGGAGAGCCCUUAACGAGAUAUUGGUCAGGGACCCUUCCUUCGCCCCUCAUUCUCUCUUGGAUUUCGGCUCGGGGUUGGGCACAGCGGUCUGGGCAUCACACUCAUGUUGGGGUGACACUUUGAAGGAGAUGGUGUGUGUGGACAGCUCCGGGCCGAUGAACGUUCUGGCAGAGCGGCUUCUCAAAGAUGACGACGACAAAGCUGCGCCUCACAUCAAGCAGGUGUAUUUCAGACAGUUUCUCCCCGUGUCGCCGAAGGUGCAGUUUGACCUGGUAGUUGGAGCCUUCUCACUGUCUGAAUUAGCCAGUCAGAAGGAGCGAGUAGAGACUCUGUUGACUCUGUGGAGGAAGACCAGCUCCUAUCUUGUGCUGGUUGAAAAUGGGACCAAAGAGGGCCAUCAGAUCCUCAUGGAAGCCAGAGACACCUUGCUCAAGACACAGGAACAGACGUCCUUGGACUCCAGAACAGCAUCUGUGUUUGCUCCGUGUCCCCAUGAAAUGACAUGUCCCAAGCUGGCCCGCUUUCCCGCUGUGCCCUGCAACUUCCACCAACACUACCACCCUCUCCCUCUCCCAGGGAGUCCGGUGCGUCAGACGGAGACCUUCAGUUACGUGGUGCUGUCGCGGUCGGAUCCGAAAGAGGCAGCGGCCGGGCCGCGCUGGGCCCGGUUGGUGGCGCCGGUGUUGCGACGGCCCAGACACGUGCACUGCCACACGUGCAGCCCGGACGGACAGCUCCACCACACGGUGGUGACGCGAAAGAAACACGGCCGCGAUGUGUACCGCUGUGCCCGGAGCAGUGAUUGGGGAGAUCAGCUGCCAAUCAUUCAGCAAGAAGAGGCGGGUCCUCUGAGUGACUCAGAGUGACCAAGCGGGAAGAAAGAACAUGACAACAAUGUGGGAUGCAAUAAACUUUUAUUUAUCCCAUUACAUAAAAACACCUAUGUCCACUGCCAAAAUGUUGCUUAAAUGUAUUCGCUAGAUAAAGGACUUUCUGAACUACA